AUAUUUUUUUUGUUGGUUUCAACUUUCAAAUUGCUUUUCACGAAAUAGCGAAUUACGAAACGAAAAUAAUUACGUAAGGACAGGAUUAAUAAACAAAAACAUGUCCUUUAUUCUAAAACGCACGCUGGGUGCCGGGCGCAACCUCGGGCGCAUUGUGUUGAACAGCAAACAAUAUCCUGGCCUUCAGCGGAUCGCUACAAAAACCGAUCAAGCAGCCCCCCAAGUCGAAACAAGACCAACAGUAGCCAAAUUAGAUCCUUUACAGAAGUCCCAGCUUAUAGACUUUGGAAAAUAUGUCGCAGAAUGUAUGCCUAAAUACGUGCAGAAAGUACAGAUAACGGCCGGCAACGAAUUGGAGGUUUUAAUCCCGCCGGAUGGUGUGAUUCCCGUGCUUCAGUUUCUGAAAGACCACCACAGCGCGCAGUUCGCCAACCUCGUCGACAUCGCGGGCAUGGACGUGCCCAACCGACCCUACCGAUUUGAAAUAGUCUAUAACAUACUAUCCCUACGUUACAACUCUAGAAUCAGGGUCAAGACCUACACGGAUGAGCUGACACCCAUCGACUCAGCGUGCGAAGUGUUCAAAGCCGCCAACUGGUACGAGAGGGAGAUCUGGGAUAUGUUUGGGGUGUUCUUUGCUAACCAUCCUGAUCUGAGGAGGAUUCUGACAGAUUAUGGUUUCGAGGGGCAUCCGUUCAGGAAGGACUUCCCUCUCAGCGGCUACGUGGAGCUGCGCUACGACGACGAGCAGAAGCGCGUGGUGGUGGAGCCGCUGGAGUUGGCACAGGAGUUCCGGCGCUUCGAGCUGAGCGCCCCGUGGGAACAGUUCCCCAACUUCCGAGGAAAUCCUGCCGCUGAGGAGGUAGUGAACCCAGCAGAGGAUCAGCCCAAGAAACAGUAGAUUGUUCAUCUAUGACAGUUAUGUUAUUUGUUAGAUUAAUCAAUAUAAAAUGUAAAUAUUA